CCGCCAACUUAUUGCAAGUUUCGUCUGUUAUAAAGUGUUUAGCGUUUCAGCACGUCCCAAUAUCCGGAUAAGCGAUGAAAAGCUAGUGCCAGAAGAUUUCUACGUGGGGGACCACCAACCGAUUAUAAAAAGACAAUUACAGAACAAAAUUCAUGCAGAGAUCAACAACGAGAGAUCAGCAACGAUAAAUCGCGUGAAGUGCAUACUCAUACAAAUGGACGUAGGCUUAGAAAUUGAGUCGCAAGUAUGCCACGGGUUAUCACUGACUGUACUGUGCAUAUUUUGGUGUCGCGUAUUUCUCUUGAACAGUGCAACGAAACGAUACAAUGAAGGGUGCAAUUUGAUAUUUUCAUCCAUUUGAAGCAGGAUUUAAAAUUCAGCGAGGAACAUCGAACAUUUUCUCCAGAAGAGAAAACACACAAUAAACAAAUCCGCAUCAUACUGUAGGAUUUAGAUUAGAACAUAAGUAGGUCUGGUGAUCCAGAUACACCUCUUUUGAUUGCAGCAGAAAAUGGCAAUGUCCAAUUAGUCAAAGAACUAGUAGAGAUGGGAGAUGAUGUGAACGAGGGGAAUGGGGAAGGCAGGACACCUCUUCACGCCGCAGCGGCUAAAGUAUUUAAAGAUUUAUUUGAAUAUAUCUUGAAGAAUUGAGCUAUUAUUGGUAUUAAAACUAUACAAAAAGGUUCCACACCUCUACACGCGGCACUAUCCUAUCUUGAUAUAGUGAAAUAUCUCAUUGAUCCAGGAGCACAAGCUAAUAAGGCUGAUUAUGCGGGGUCACGUCACGCCUCUGCACUUGGUAUUAUGCAAUGGUCAUCUUGAUAUGGUGAGGUCUCUCAUUGAUCUAGAAGCACAAUUUGAUAUGGCUGAUAAUAAGGGUAUCAUACCUCUCGAGGAGGCAUCAUUAAAUGGUCAUCUUGAUGUCGUGAAAUAUCUCAUUGAUCAAGGAGCACAAGCUAAUACGGCUGAUAAUGCGGGUGGCACACCUCUUCACAGGGCAUCAUUGAAUGGUCAUCUUGAUAUCGUGAAGUAUCUCAUUGAUCAAGGAGCGCAAGCUAAUACGGCUGAUAAUAAUGGUAACACACCUCUCCACAGUGCAUCAGGCAAGGGACAUCUUGAUGUCGUGAAAUAUCUCAUUAAUCAAGGAGCAAAAUCUGAUAUGGCUGAUGGUAAGGGUAUCACACCUCUCCACAGGGCAUCAUCCAAUGGUCAUCUUGAUGUCGUGAAGUAUCUCAUUGAUCAAGGAGCACAAGCUAAUACGGCUGAAAAUAAGGGUAUCACACCUCUCCACUAUGCAUCAUUCAAUGGUCAUCUUGAUGUCGUGAAGUAUCUCAUUGAUCAAGGAGCACAAGCUAAUACGGCUGAUAAUAAUGGUAACACACCUCUCCACAGUGCAUCAGACAAGGGACAUCUUGAUGUCGUGAAAUAUCUCAUUAAUCAAGGAGCAAAAUCUGAUAUGGCUGAUGGUAAGGGUAUCACACCUCUCUACAGGGCAUCAUCCAAUGGUCAUCUUGAUGUCGUGAAGUAUCUCAUUGAUCAAGGAGCACAAGCUAAUACGGCUGAAAAUAAGGGUAUCACACCUCUCGAGAUUGCAUCAUUCUGUGGUCAUCUUGAUGUCGUGAAGUAUCUCAUUGAUCAAGGAGCACAAGCUAAUACGGCUGAUAAUAAUGGUAACACACCUCUCGACAGUGCAUCAGACAAGGGACAUCUUGAUGUCGUGAAAUAUCUCAUUAAUCAAGGAGCAAAAUCUGAUAUGGCUGAUGGUAAGGGUAUCACACCUCUCCACAGGGCAUCAUCCAAUGGUUAUCUUGAUGUCGUGAAAUAUCUCAUUGAUCAAGGAGCACAAGCUAAUACGGCUGAUAAUAAUGGUAACACACCUCUCCACAGUGCAUCAGACAAGGGACAUCUUGAUGUCGUGAAAUAUCUCAUUGAUCAAGGAGCACAAGCUGACACGGCUGAUAAUGCGGAUGGUGAAACAGCUCUCAACCCAGCAUCUCGGGACGGUCACAGCAACGUUGGUCGGUAUCUCAAGAGUGAACAAGCAAGAUUAGGGUCCGCAUUAAAAGGUAAAAACAAAAUCAAAUUAAGCCGACUACAUUAUUUUCGAGGGGAAAAAACCCUCGAAACAAUUUCAUGAUUGAACGAUGAGUGUGUGUGUGUGUUUGUGGAGGGGGGGGGGUGGGCUUGAAAAUUUUGAAUUAUCGAUUCAUAAUUUUUUUUUCAAGCUUCACGUAAGCUAACAUUCAUAUUACAAAGCAUGCGUUGAUAUUAUGUACACUCUAAAAAACGAGGAGUUAAUUUAGCUCUUAAAGAGCGUGUAUAGUGACUGCACUUCAGAGUGCUGAUUUAUGUGGUUCAAAUUAAGUUUAUAAGUUCAUUUUAUUUGUCUUCCAACUUUGAGUCUGAAUACAUGACAAACAUACAAGUGUGUAGGAAACAAUAAGCAGAAUACAUGAUAAAACAUACAAGUAUACAUAAAACAGAGUUUGCAGAAAACAUUGUUUUUUAAAUACAUUGUACAGCUUAAGACAGAAAAGAAAUAAUUUUAAAGAAAGACGAGGAGACCUAGGUGAGCAAUGAUUGUAAAUUAAGGUUCCUCAUUACUAAUUCAAAGAACAUUAUAUAAACAACACAGAAAUGGCAAUAUAAUAUAAUAUGAUAAAUAAAGAGAGGGGCGGGGAGAGAAGAGGGACACAUUUAUGUACAAAAGGGAUAAAAAAAAGAAGACAUGAAGACAGAGACCAGCCAGGCCCGGGAAAGGGGGGAUGAAACAUAUCGAUUUUUUUAGCAUUAACUAAUAAAAAACACACAAAAAUAGGCUUUACGAAUCACUUCCAUAGUUACUCAAUAAAUAAGAUUUCAAUUUUCGUUUAAACACUGUAGAACUGACAGCAUGUGUAAUUUCAGGGUCAAGUGCAUUCCAAAACAUGGGUCCAGUGCAAACUAUCGUGCCCAAAGUGAACUUUGUUCUUGCACGAGAUAUAUGGAGAGUGGAAGAUUGUCUAGUAUUGUAAUUGUGUACUUGACUAUUUUUCUUAAAUAUCAGUGCCAGGGCUGUAGGGAGACUUCCUGAAUCAAAAUCGUACAUAAGAGAUCCUAGCUGCAUAAAGUAAAUAUCUUCCACUUUCAAUAAGUGAUUGUCAUGAAAUAAAACAUUUGUAUGGGCACGAUAACUGACAUUACAUAUACUUCUAAUAGCUCUCUUCUGAACAAUGAAUAAUUGUUGCAAUUGCGUUUUUAGUGAGUUGCCCCAGGCAAGCACACCGUAGUUUAAGUAAGGAACAAUUAAUGAGGAAUAUAAUAUAAAUAAAAUUUCUUUAGGGAAAACUGACCUCAACUUGUAUAUAACACCAGUAUUGUUUUACAACAGUUUGCAGAGAUAAUUUAGAUAAAGUUUCCAGUUCAAUUCCUCAUCAAUAAAUAACCCGAGAAAUUUAGUUCAGGUUACUCUUUCAAGACAGACAUCAUUAAACAUUACAUUGCCAGGCAACAUUUUUAAGGAAUUGCUAAAAAGCAUAUAAUUUGUAUUUUGAAAAUUAAGUGAUAAUUUAUUGCCUUGAACCCACAAGAUAACAUUCUUCUAUAAGGAAAAAAUACACUAGAAUCAUCAGCAAAGAAAAUAAAGGAUAAUUUGUUUGAUGAAUUUUGAAAAUAAUUUAUUUACAGUAUGAAUAAGAGAGGUUCUAGAAGAGACCCCUGAGGUACACCACAUGUAACAGUUUGCAAGCUGGAAUUAAUUAUAUUCAAAUAUAUAAAUUGUCUCCUGUCAGUGAGAUAACUCCUAAACCACUCAAGGGCAACACCUCUCACUCCAUAAUGGGAUAACUUAUUUAGCAAAAUUUCAUGAUCAACUGUAUCAAAAGCCUUGGAAAAAUCUAAGAAUAUACCAAUUGUGCUCAAGUAAUUAUCCAAGGCAGUGGCAACCUUAUCAACAAAUGCAAAAUGGCAUAUGUAGUUGUAUGCCU